GUUGAGGGAAGCUCGCGCAGCGGCGGAGCGCGUGGCAACUGUACCUACAGGUCGGACCAGCUCGCGACAUCUGGGCGUGAGAAGAGGGCCAUGCGUGCCCGAGCUGAGGAGUUCGCCUUGUUUUAGUGCGUGGGCUCCCACGAACACGUUUUAAGGAUUCGUAUCGACGGAAGCUCCACAGGACUCGGCUAUAGGCACUUUAGAUCUGAUGCUUCCUGCCAUCACAAUGGAAACGGAGGCCAGUCACAUGCUGGAGGCAGCGCUGGAGCAGAUGGACGACAUCAUUGCAGGUUCGAAGGCAGCAGCGAUGGAGUUUUCCACUACUGUGUACGACCUGGGUUCUCCUGUCAGCGCCAGUCCCCUGCAGGUGGUCCAGUUAGCCGAGGAGCUCAAACUGGCUUUGGAGGUUCAACCCAACCAGGAGGAGAAAGACAACCUCAGAGCUCGGCUGCCUCCAGAGACGGCACAGGCUCUCAUGGAAUGGCUGCAGACUGGAACUGUGAGCCUCUGUUCUCCGGCCAACAAUGAAACUUAUCAAGAACGGCUGCUUCGACUAGAAGGGGACAAGGAAUCUCUGGUGUUGCAGGUGAGCGUUUUAACAGACCAGGUGGAGGCACAGGGAGAGAAAAUCAGAGACCUGGAAACCUCUUUGGAGGAGCACCGCAAGAAACUGGCCUCUACAGAGGAAAUGCUGCAACAGGAGCUGAUGAGCAGGACUUCUCUGGAGACGCAGAAGCUGGAUCUGAUGGACGAAGUGUCCUACCUGAAACUGAAGCUGGUAACCAUGGAGGAGACGCAAACCAACACGAACCCUCAGGAUCCCACAGACACAAAGAACAACAAAGCCGAGUGUGUGGUAAAUCUCAUCAGUGAGCUCCAGGAACAGAUGUGCAAGUUUCAGGAGGAGAUCAGCACUCGCAUCCAGGAGAAACGGGCCCUUGAGGAGAAGGAAGCCCAGGAGGGGGACCCAGGUGGCAGCCCGGUUCAAGGCUGGGAUCCCAAUGUUGGGUCAAACCUGAGCCCUACUUCGCUGAAUCAUAGUGGAGAACAAAGGACUGUACAUGAUUUGCUUCAAGAAGUCAAGCAGCUGACUAGCAAAGUGCAGGAGCUGGAGGGAGAGAAGAGUCGUUAUGAGAGGAAACUCAGGGCCACCAAGCUCUCCAUCUCUUACUCUCUCCAUGUGUGUUACCAGUCGCUCAUGACCCAGCUGUCCAGCCUCAAGCUGACUGUGGAGCACACACAGCUGGAGAAGCAGCACUGGGAGGAGCGCUGGCGCAGCGCACAGGCGGAAAUCUCAGACAUGCAGCAGCUUCUGGCCUCUAAAGACACAGAGAUCGAGUGCUUGCAGACCCAGCUGCUGGCCAGAGGCAGCAGCGCCAACAACAGCGCAGAGAGAGAGGAGGUGUAUAUCAAGCAGCUGAUUAGCAAAUACCAGGAAUACCAGAGGCUGAAGGUGGGGAUGGAGUCUUUGUUGGCUUCAAAUGAUGAAAAGGAUCGUCGUAUAGAGGAGCUGACCAUCCUGCUUGGCCAAUAUAGAAAAAUUAGGGAAGUUAUGGCACUCACACACGGAAGUAGUGAAGAGGAGCUGAGCAGCAGUUUCAAGCCAAAAGCCAUCACACACAAAGCUCAUUCCGAUAUCAUCCGAUCAGAGAUGUCAUCAAGAGGAUCUUCUCCUCUCAUGCUGUCUUCAUCUCCCUUUCAGAGAGAACCAGAUUCCAGUUUCCAGAACUCUAUGGACACGUCACUGAUGACUACUGGUGAAACAAGUUUCUUAAAUGGAUCACUGCAUCGACACAGACUACUCUCCAGCAGCCUUGAAGAGUUGCAAAGUGGAAGUUUUCAAAAGAGUCCCCACAUGGAGCUGAGCAAGUACCAAACUCUGCCAGGGAAAUUGAGUAAAAAGAAACAACCCAAGGAUGAGAUGAAUGGCACCAGAGGCAGAGACACAGAGUAUUUAUCUCCUGUUCAGCUCUCACCUGCUCACAGCAAAGACUACACCCUCAAAACUUGAUGAGUACAUGCUAUCGGAUCAGUCCCCACUGUCCUCUGGAGUGGACUCAGGACAACAGUCUCCUGUCUCACCUGAGAAAAGGAAGACCAACAGAGGCAUUAAGAAACUCUGGGGACGGAUUCGACGCAGUCAGUCGGGCAGCCCAGUCCAGGUUCACGAUCCAGAGCUGGGAGACUUCAAGAGGGGAGGCUUCAGAGCUACAGCAGGGCCGAGACUGGCCUGUUCAGAGAAAACACGAGAUCUGAAGCUGCCAUUUUCUAAGUGGAGCACAGAGCAGGUCUGCAACUGGCUCGAGGACAUCGGACUUGGUCAGUAUGGCCUUCUCGCUCAGCACUGGGUCAGCAGCGGUCAGACCCUGCUGGCGGCCACCACACACGACCUAGAGAAGGAGCUGUCGAUGAAGAAUCCUCUCCACAGGAAGAAGCUCCAGCUGUCCUUAAAGAACAUCUGCAGCAAACAGCCGGAAAAGUCUGCGGAGCUCGAUUAUAUCUGGGUCACACGCUGGCUUGACGACAUUGGCCUUCCUCAGUACAAAGACCAGUUUAAUGAUGGAAGAGUGGACGGACAGAUGCUGCAGUACCUCACUGUGAAUGACCUGUUGUUCCUCAAGGUGACCAGCCAGCUGCAUCAUCUCAGCAUCAAGUGUGCCAUUCACGUUCUCCAUGUCAACAAAUUUAACCCAAACUGCCUCAAACGCAGACCUGGAAAUGAGAGUGACUUCAGUCCCAGCGAAGUGGUCCAGUGGUCCAACCACCGCGUCAUGGAGUGGCUGAGAUCAGUGGACCUGGCAGAGUAUGCUCCCAACCUGAGGGGCAGCGGUGUACAUGGAGGGCUAAUAAUGUUGGAACCUCGGUUUAACUCCGACGCGAUGGCCAUGCUGCUGAACAUAGCUCCUCAGAAAACACUGCUGAGGCGCCACCUGAACACCAACUUCAAUAACCUGGUGGGAGUCCAGGCUCAGCAGGAGAAGAGGGAGUACACCGAAGCGGCAGGAUAUUCCCCACUCAGCAUCACCGCUAAAGUCAAGCCAAAGAAGUUGGGCUUCUCUAACCUGACGAGCCUCAGGAAGAGACGGCCAGACGCGUCCAAGGACUACGUCUGUCCCAUAGAGUCUUCCCCGCACGAGUCGGGACAGUCCGUCGCCAACGGGGUGCAGAUGCGUCCGUACGCCGGCUUCAGGGGUCUGAGUCCCAUUCUGGACCGAGAGCCCACCCGGGACCAGAUGGUGAACGCAGAGAGCACCAUUUUACAAAUAGAAGCGUUGUCUGAAAGCAUCAACAACCUCACAUACCUGCUGAGCCAGGACGAGCUGCGGAAGGAGCUGAGGCGGUCACAAACUGCGCUGGUUUGAGGGACGGCUGCUCCGGCGUCGUCGGCUUACUAACGCUAAGGAACAACCACGGAGACCGGCAGCCAGCUCAGCGCCUCGGGCCAAACGCCGGCUCCGUUCACUUCCUGUAACCGCUGCUUCCUCCUGUAACACCCACCAUCCUUCUGUGGACACAAAGGAACUGGAAACACCGGCUGACACACGCACAUUAUGGAUGUCAGCGAAGAGUCGUGGCUUCAUACAAACAUUAAAAGACUCUUAACUACUUUUCAGUUUUAACUAUGCAAUACAGCCGUUAUUAAUU